AUGGAUAAUCAAGGGCAUUUGAUCCAACAUACCGUUGACUCCAUAGCCUCUUUUCAGCUGAAGAUUGACCAAAAGUUUGAAGAGGUUUUGAUGGCAAUAGCCAUGAGCUGCCCAGAAGAACCAAAUGGAAAGAAAUCAGUGGUAGAAGAGCACAAAAACAACCCUCGUUUUUUCGCUGGUGGAGACAACGAUAGGGGAAAACCCUAUGGGAUCCAGUGGAUGUUCAAGAAAUGGAACAUGAGGUGGUUCCGACGUCGGAGGCGGUGA